UAGGAGAGGAAGGACCCGCUCAGCGGCUCUGCGGGCUGAAGAUGGCGGACGAAGAGAACAGUCUUGGAAUGGCCUGCUCGGGCGCAUCUCGUGUGGAAGAGCCUGCCGCCAAGAAGUCGAAAAUUAUCCCGGCGACCAACUGUGGCGUCAAAGCUACCGAAGCUAGUCAAUUCGAAUGUGUACCGGGAGCCACGGAGACCUGGGAGUCGGCGCAGAAUUGCGCGCAGCCUGCGGAGAGGGAACCGAAGCCGGCGAUGGCGGUCGAGCAGGCCCCGGGAGAGCUAUGCGAAGACAACAAUGGCAUGGGACUUUUCCACUUCAAGCCCACCGUGACACCACACGACACAGCCAUGCUCGGGACAUUCGAGGAAAGUGCCGGUAUUCUUGGGUGUGUCGAUCUCCCCUCGAAUGGUUUGGCUGUCACACCUGAGCACAUCACCGAGGAGGAUGACAGAUCUUCUCACGCCAGCUCCAGUGACUGGACACCGCAACCACAGAUAGGCUCCUACAGUUUCAUCCAGCAACACAUCAGAGAGACAGAUCCAAGGACCAUUUUAAGGGAGUUGCUGCCUGAGACUGUACUGCCACCAGAUUUAGAUGACAUGACGCUGUGGCAGAUCAUCAUCAACAUUUCAGAACCUCCCAAAAGAAAGAAGCGAAAAGACAUCAACACAUUGGAAGAUGUGGUCCGGUUACUCCAUGAAAGCAAAAAGAUCCUGGUGCUGACCGGUGCUGGGGUGUCAGUAUCAUGUGGAAUACCAGACUUUCGCUCCAGAGAUGGAAUUUAUGCCCGACUUGCUGUCGAUUUUCCCGAUCUUCCAGACCCCCAAGCUAUGUUUGACAUUGAAUACUUCCAAAGAGACCCGCGGCCAUUUUUCAAGUUUGCUAAGGAGAUCUACCCAGGUCAGUUUCAGCCUUCACCCUGUCACAAAUUCAUAUACAUGAUGGACAAGCAGGGCAAGUUGCUGCGCAACUACACACAGAAUAUUGAUACGUUAGAACAAGUGGCUGGAGUUCAGCGAAUCAUCCAGUGUCAUGGGUCAUUUGCAACUGCUUCCUGCCUCAUCUGUAAAUACCAAGUGGAUUGUGAAGUUGUAAGGGAAGACAUCUUUAAUCAGCGGGUCCCCCAUUGUCCUCGGUGUCCCGACAUUCCCUUGGCAAUAAUGAAACCGGACAUCGUCUUCUUUGGAGAGAAUCUUCCAGAAAUGUUCCACAGAGCCAUGAAGCAAGACAAAGAUGAGGUGGAUCUAUUGAUUGUCAUCGGGUCGUCUCUGAAAGUCCGACCUGUUGCCCUCAUCCCAAACUCUAUUCCUCAUGAAGUGCCUCAAGUCCUGAUCAACAGAGAGCAGCUGCCACACCUCAACUUUGAUGUGGAGCUGCUCGGCGACUGCGACGUCAUCGUCAAUGAGCUCUGUCAUCGUCUAGGCGGGGACUUUGAGCAGCUAUGCUACAACACCAUAAGACUCUCUGAGAUCACGGAGAAACCCCCCAGGUUACCAGAGCAGCCCCGAAGCGAGACAUUGAAUGCUGCGGCCGAUGAAGGAGCGCCAGAGGAAUCAAAGCAACACAGCACAGACUCAAUCCGUAUGCCUUCAGAGGAGACGUCGAGUCCAAAUGUCACAGCUAACAUUUCGCCUUCGCAGCCUUGUCCUGACGCACGUUGCCUCGGUGAGGAAAGAACCGAAGCUUCUGAGUUACCAAACAAAGACGCAACAAAAGAAAAAGCCACGGAAAAAAAGAGCCAAACUUCCAGCCUUGAGUUCCGUAGACGGUGUUGGAUGAAUCGAAUCAGCAGGAGUCCACUCAGCAAACGCCUUGACACGGGCCAAUACCUGUUCCAAGCACCAAAUCACUACAUCUUCCACGGAGCCGAGGUUUACUCCGACUCAGAGGGCGAGACGUCUAGCUCCUGUGGAAGUGACACCGAUGAGUCUGAUUGCAGUGCCAACGAGGGAGAGGAUUUCAGCGAGCUGGAGGAAGCUGACUCGCUAGCAGCCGACGGAGCAACCUGCCUCAGAGACACAACAAAAGACACUUUAGCCGAUGACAAAGUGUCCUCUUUGCCCACAGACAGUAUGGCUGAACAAACUCAGAGCACCACACACCUUUAAAGUACUCAGUCGAUAAAGCACUAAUUGUCUUUUUAUAUACAUGUAUAUGUUUUAUAUAUUUUUUGAUUCAUCGAACUAUAAUUUUUCAUAAAGUUUAAAUUGUGUGACAACUUGUGUGAAUAUGGCGCAAGUUUUGUUCUCUUGUUUUUGUUUGCCCAGUUUACUAACACACAUUGUGUCUGAAACACACCGGUAUGCUGCUUAAUUGGAUGCAGUAAUCCUGUUUGUAAUUUGUUCAAUGUUGCCAUCUCUUUGUAUUCACUUUUUGGAAAUGCAUCAGUUCUUAAUUGUCUGAGGUGAAAGUAGAACAAGCUUUAAUUCAGAAAUUGCUAGCAUAAGUCCACAAUGUGACAUCUACUGUGAUCUAAUGUAUUUUGCAGCUGGUUGCAGUAGCUUGAAUAUGUUUGUGAAAUACCUAAAAGUAUCCACUAUGAUCCCUCAACAUUUUGACUCCAGCAGUCCUCUUAAGUUUAAGCCAAAGAACAUUUCAUCGACAUGUUCUGAUAUUGAUACAAACUGCAUGCUCAUAUCAGUUGACUUAAGUGGGGAGAAUUGUUGAAAAGUGGUUCUUUCAGACAUGGCAGCUACUUUCUAUGGUCAAGCUUCUUAUUUUAAUACUCUGUGAGGAGACAUACUCUGCAAAGGGUAGAUGACAGUCUUUCUGUACAAAGUUAUACUUUUAAAGCCUUAUGAUUACAUUCAAUCAACAUUGCUCCUCUCAAAACCGAUUGUUGCUCUUAUUUUUCAUGGGCUAUGUUAUGUUUGGUAUCAUUCUCCAACUAAGAGUCUGCUGCAUGUUAAUGUGUUGCUCAGCAGAACAGAUCUUUAUGAGCCUGGUACUCACUUGACGUUUCGGUCUGUGGUUCAAGGGAGUACAAUUUUCCACCCUUUUAAAUUGUUACUUCUAGGGUUCUCAGUAAACACAUAUUGAAAAACAUGUGGUCUUCUGUUUGUAUGGUUCAGGCC